CAUUUCAUUCCUCUAGAUGGCAGCACACAGCACAAAUGUGUUCUGACCUGCCGUGAGCAUCAGAUGAAGAAGUUAGCAUUAGGUUUAGUGUGUGCUGCUAAAUCACAACGUACAGAGGAGCAGUCGGGAAAGCCUUCAGUUUAUAGAAAUAAGCAUUUGUUUUCAUAUUAAUGUGUAUUGAUUUCGGAAUUUUUCACAAGGAACCACCUAAGGAAGGCCGAGAAGACUCAAGGACGUUAGAGGCUUGAGAGAUUUGACAAUCAGUCCCUUUGGUCUGCCCAGUUACAGUCUUCUUGUUACCCGUUUGCCAGGAGUUAUUUUCUACAGUCCGAGGAAACAUGAGCUUUCUUUUUGGAAACCGUUCAUCCAAGACGUUCAAGCCCAAGAAGAACAUCCCAGAGGGUUCUCAUCAGUACGAGCUGUUGAAACAUGCAGAGGCUACGCUGGGAAGUGGAAACUUACGGAUGGCGGUCAUGUUGCCUGAGGGUGAAGACUUAAAUGAAUGGGUCGCAGUCAACACUGUGGAUUUCUUCAACCAGAUCAACAUGCUGUAUGGCACGAUCACAGACUUCUGCACAGAGGAAAGCUGCCCAGUCAUGUCUGCUGGGCCGAAGUAUGAGUACCACUGGGCUGACGGCACCAACAUCAAGAAGCCCAUCAAAUGCUCAGCUCCCAAGUACAUUGAUUACCUCAUGACCUGGGUGCAAGACCAGCUGGAUGACGAGACACUUUUCCCUUCGAAGAUCGGCGUCCCCUUUAAGCGAAACUUUAUGUCCGUGGCGAAAACCAUUCUGAAGCGCCUGUUCAGGGUCUACGCCCACAUCUACCACCAGCACUUUGACUCUGUCAUGCAGCUGCAAGAGGAGGCCCACCUCAACACGUCAUUCAAACACUUCAUCUUUUUUGUUCAGGAGUUCAACCUCAUUGACAGGAAAGAGCUGGUUCCACUACAGGAUCUGAUUGAAAAACUGACAACCAAGGAUAGAUAAAAAAAAGUGGUGUAAUCCUUAUUUUAUUGAUCUUCUAGUUUUUGCACAGAUACCCACCCCGCCCUGGCUGUAUGUAUGCAGUAUACUAUAUUUCCAUUUGGGGAAAUGUUUUUAAUAAGGCCAGGAAGAAGGAAGGGUCUUGAUAGGUUUAAGGCACCAAGACUAAUGCUAUCAGGGAUUAUACUGUAGAAUUAAUUAAACAAAACACAGACUUACAUAUUAGACAAAAUGGUUUUAGUCAUAUGGAAAAAUCCCCAGUAUUCAGUCACAGCUUACAUAGUACAGACAUAUCUUCAUUAGUUUUUUAUUAGAGAACACUAUUGUUUCUCACUGGGGUUUAUGGUAACAAGGCAUUUCCAUGCUCUUAGAUUCCUAUUUCCAAGUCACCUGCAGGGGAGAAUAGUGCGAAAGCAAAGUUACUGUAU